AUGUCGUCGCCCAUCGGCAAGCGCGACUCGGCCAGCAGCAGCAACGGAGCCAUGGAUCCCAAAUCUGAGCAGGUGCGCCGAGGUUCCAAGACCUCGCUCGGCAACACUGCAGGCGCCGACCAGCUCCUCGAGAACCUGGGUUACAAGCCUGAGCUGUCGCGCAACCGCUCGACUCUCCAGGUCGCCUUCAUGUCCUUCGUCCUGGCCUCGAUCCCCUACGGUCUUGCGACUACCCUGGUGUACCCCCUCAUCGGUGGCGGUCCCGUCAACAUCAUCUGGGGUUGGGUUGCCGUGUCUCUCAUCAUCGUCUGUGUUGCCGCGUCCCUGGGUGAAAUCACCAGCGUCUAUCCUACUGCCGGAGGUGUCUACUACCAAGCCUUCAUGCUUGCUCCCGCCCGCUGGCGGCGCAUUGCAAGCUGGAUCUGCGGCUGGCUGUACGUUGUGGGAAACAUCACCAUCACUCUUGCUGUGAACUUUGGUACCGCCCUGUUCUUCGUCGGCUGCAUCAACGUCUUUGAAAAGAAGGACGGCUCCGCCGUCUUGUCGGGCGAGGCCUACCAGGUCUUCCUGAUCUUCCUCGCCCUCACCCUGCUGUGCAAUGCCGUCUCUUCUCUGGGCAACCGCUGGCUUCCCUGGAUCGACACUGCUGCCAUCUUCUGGACCUUUGCCGGCGUCAUUGCCAUCGUUGUCUGCGUCCUGGCCAUUGCCAAGAACGGCCGUCACGAUGCCAAGUAUGUCUUCACUCACUUCGAGGUUAACUCUGGCUGGCCCGAUGGCUGGUCUUUCUGCGUUGGUCUUCUUCACGCUGCCUACGCUACCUCGUCCACCGGCAUGAUUAUCUCCAUGUGCGAGGAGGUUCAGCAGCCUUCCACCCAGGUCCCCAAGGCCAUGGUCGCUACCAUCUUCAUCAACACCUUUGCCGGUCUCCUCUUCCUCAUCCCCCUGGUCUUCGUGCUUCCCGACAUCACCGAGCUCAUCAGCAGCGCCCAGCCCGUGCCCGCCAUCAUCAAGAGCGCCGUUGGCUCCGCCGGCGGUGCCUUUGGCCUGGUCUUCCCCCUCAUGGUCCUCGCUAUCAUCUGCGGUAUCGGCUGCACCACCGCUACCUCGCGAUGUAUCUGGGCCUUCGCCCGUGACGGUGCCAUUCCCGGUGCCAAGUGGUGGUCCAAGGUCAACCACCAGCUCGACGUUCCCCUCAACGCCAUGAUGCUCAGCAUGGCUGUCCAGAUCAUCCUUGGUGUCAUCUACUUUGGUUCUUCGGCUGCCUUCAACGCCUUCUCGGGUGUCGGUGUCAUCUGCCUGACUGCCUCCUACGCCACCCCCAUCGCCAUCUCUCUCGCCACUGGCCGCAAGCAGGUCAAGACCGGAUCCUUCUACCUCGGCACUUUUGGCACCGCCGCCAACGUCAUUGCCAUUGCCUGGUCCCUUCUGGCCCUGCCCCUGUUCUGCAUGCCCUCCGCCAUCCCCGUCACCGCCGAGACUGUCAACUACGCCCCCGUGGUCUUCGUGUUUGCCUGCCUCGUCUCCGGAAUCUGGUACUGGGUCUGGGGCCACAAGAACUACGCUGGUCCCCCUACCCACGAUGAGUAA